AGAGAGUGGAUUACCUUUGUUCAUUUGUGGGAGUUAUAGAUAGAUAGGAAACAAACUUUUUAUCUCAUGUCUGACCAUAUACUGUCACCCUUAGCAGAAGCAUCAAACAGCUCUCUCUCUCUCUCAUCUCAUCAGAGAAGAAGAUAGAAUUUUGCUCUUUACUUUAGUCUUGAUGCCACCACCCAUCUCCACUUUUCCUUUUUUCUAUCUCUAAACCUCUUCACAUGCUCAUUCAAAACCCUCCAACAAUAAAAAGUCUCAACUCAACAUCAAAAUUUUAUGCCUACUACUUUUGGGUUUUGUGUUCAUUCAUACAUAUAUUUUUUUUUCAAGUGGGUUGUUGAUUCCGAGAUUUGAUUAGUACUGGCAGAGUUCUUCAGAGUUUCAGAGUGUGACAGUUGCAGAUGAUGAACAAGAAGCAGCAGCAUCAGAAACAUUGGGUAAAGCAAAUCAUACAAAGAGGUGUAACAACUCUGAGAAUUGGAAGAGGAAAAUCAGAAACGAUCUGAAUCUGAAGAAGAAGAAGAAUAAGGUCAAAUCAAUCCUAUCCCAUCACAAAGUACAAACUACCACUAGCAUCAAAAUACUAGCAAAAGAGAAAUCAUCCAAACAAGUAAUGAAAAACAUAGCGGCAUAAUGAUAAUGAAGAAUAGUGGAGGAGGAGAGAUAGUUCAGGUCCAGGGAGGACACAUUUUGAGGUCCACCGGCCGGAAAGACCGGCACAGCAAGGUGGUCACAUCAAAAGGGCCUAGGGACCGGAGGGUCCGGUUAUCGGCGCACACCGCAAUUCAGUUUUACGACGUGCAGGACAGGUUGGGCUAUGACAGGCCCAGCAAAGCAGUGGAUUGGCUUAUGAAGAAGGCUAAGAAUGCUAUUGAUAAGCUUUCUGAGAUACCUCCAUGGAACCCAAUUGAUUCCACCACUGUUAUGCCGCCACCACCACCACCACCACCACCCAAUGUAGACCCUAAUGCAGAAAUUAUGGAAUCUUCAUCUUGUGGGUAUGGAUUUCAUCAUUUGCCACAAUCAAUGGAUACACAAUCCAUUGCAAUUGCAGAUGAUGCAGACACAAUGAAAUCGUUUUUCCCCGUAAGUUCUUCUGAGACUUCAUCAAUGAAUUUUCAGGGAUACCCACAUGAAGAUCUUUGCCUCUCUCUUCACUCUUUACAAGACCCAAGUUCAAGCCACCACCACACAACAGCUGAUUCAACUGAUCAUCAUCACCAUCAUCAUCAGACUCUUUUUCCGGUUGGUUUUGAGGCUAAUUAUCCGAGAUUGGUGUCGUGGAAUGGCGGCGGAAAUGGAGAGAAUAGAGAGGGAUAUAUGUUCAGUUCAUCACAAGCGAUGUCCAUGCCAUUUCAGCCACCACAACCAUUUUUUUGCCAAAGCUCAGUGCUUUCUUCACAGAGGGGUCCCCUUCAGUCCAGUUUUUUGCCUACAGUUCAUGCUCCUUGGAAUGAAGACCACCCAAUUCACUCCAAUUUGCAUCACAACACUAGGCAACCAAUCCAACAAUCUUCAAUCUCCACCACCCAAUUUGCCUCCUCCCAUGAAGCCCUUUUGCAGUUUCACAAUGAAGAAGAGCAUCAUGGGCUGGUACUAUCCAAUAAACCAUCCUCCUCAGCUUCUCCCAAUUCUCACCGUUAAUUGAUCAACAACUCAAAUUUCUUACCCAUCAUCAGAUGAUUGAUUACAUCCAAGAGAAGAAGAGAUUUCAGUCAAUUCAUCAAUGGAUCUACUUAGGAGGGAAAUCAUGAAUGCAUGAGCAUGUGUUGAACUUCAAGAGACUAAUUUUAUGUUUGUUUUUUUUCUUUCUGUCGGAUUAAUUUUAUGGUGAUGCUUUCUUGUUCAAGCGGCCUGUUUGAGCUCAAAUUUGUCUGGUAUUUGGUUGAUUGAUUAUUAGUAUUACUAAAUUGAACUUAAUUAGACUUGGUUCUUAUAAUUUUAAUGCUAUGACCAAUUGCUUUAUUUCUUA